AUGGAUGCCGAUGUCGAUGCGAUCGACAUCGAUGAUGAUGACGUCGAUGCUGGUAUAUUCAGCAUCGCCAAUGACGGCCACAGUGCGGACGAUGAUGCCCUCACUGGUGAAGACAAAGUUCUUUCAGCAGUGCACACGAAGCGCACUGCUGUUGACAAGGAUGAAAUGCAGAGGAAUUUCUGCUGA